AUGAACAGAAGUGAUCGAGCCAAUAAAGCUCUUGUGCAGCCUAUUACUGUUAUUUACGGGCAUAUGCAAGUGAAAACUCCCGUUCAAAUCUGGCUCUACGAACAAAGUAAUAUGCGGAUUGAAGGCAGGAUUGUUGGUUUUGAUGAAUAUAUGAACCUUGUUUUGGUGGAAGCCUGUGAAAGGCACAUGAAGUCUGGCGCCAAGAAAAUGAUCGGUCGUAUCCUCCUUAAGGGUGAAACCAUCACACUCAUUCAAAAGCUUCCUCAGUAA